GGAAUUUCACAGAUUCACCGCUUUUUUUUUUUUUUUUUUCGUGACAUUGGCUAGAAUUCCAAUUUGAGGGGAUUGGAUGGUUCAAUCGAGAUUUAACGCUUCUUCUUCCUCUUUCUUUCUUGCACCGAUCAUUUUAUGAGCCAAUUGGAAAAGUCAAGGAGCAACAGCUCAUUAAAAGAUAAUAGCAAAUACAAACCGGUUCCCAAUCCAGCCUAUAUUCCUGCAGUAAGGCGCUCGCCGGUGCCCAAGCAAUCCGGUUCAACGAAUGGACCACUUGCUUCACCAUUCUCUUCAACGGUGACUCAACCGGCCGUCCAGCCAUCGCCGCAACCGGUCCCCAAGUCUUCACCUUCUCAUGAUCACCAGCAACCAUUAGCUUCGGCCAUGGCAGCCGUGACGACGGAUUCCAACGUUAAAGGUCACGAUUCUGAUGAUGAGCAAGUACCUCCUCCACCACCCAAAGAAGAAAAAUGGAAAGUAUCAACGAGACGAAGUCCUCAACAGUUGCCUGUGCUGGCACAGAAUGCUCAUAUCUACAGUCCACAAAUGGGAUCACCAAAUCAGUUUAUUGCUCACGUUCCGCCGGAUGCUGUUCCUCCUACUAAUGGCACGCCCUUGAAGGCUCACAAUAUCAUGGCCAAUGUGAGAGCUCAACUUCAGCAACCCAUGUCGCCACAACAGGGUUAUGAACAGGGAUUGCAUCAUCCGUUCUCACCAAAUGGCGCCAUAUCGGCAUGGCCGAUGGGUAAUGGGAACGAAUAUGCUGACCACAGUCCUUCACUAUCAUCACCACAGCAACAGCAACAGCAACAGCAACAGCAACGAAUGCAUAAGGGAGCUUCGCGUCCUCGAUUAUCCGUCAUGGAGACUGAACAGCAACGGGAGCGAAACAGUCGAUUUUCACUAGGGAUCUUCAAACAUAAAGAGAAGCAUUCAGGAACGCCACAACCCUCCAUUUCCUCCACCACUUCGUCAACCUCUUCCACACCCAAUUUUGCAUCCUCUUAUACUCCUCAAGAUCAAUACGUACUGGCUGACGGCGUACCUGUACUACACUAUGUGCGUGCCAUUUGGGGAUUCCAAGCCAAGAUCCCUUCAGAAAUGUCGUUUUUGGCGAACGAUCUGCUGGCGGUGAUCCGCAAACAGCCGGAUGGUUGGUGGGAAGCUGAAAUCGCCGAUCCGAACAGAAGACAACGAGGUCUUAUUCCUAGUAAUUACGUUACAGCCGAGUAAAAAAUAAAAUAUCUAAUUCAUACAGCAUUAAAGAUUAUGGAUGUACUUGACACUUUUUUCAUGCAUCG